GAUUUUCUUAAGCCUUUUCAAUCGAAUCAAAUAUAGAACAGAAUAUAUGUUUCCCAGAUUUAUUAUCAUUUUAUCCAAUUUUCAUAUUAUUUUGCUUGAAAAUAGUCAAAGCCCUUAAUUAUUGAUGACGUAAUUUUUAUGGCUUUAUUAAAACUGAGCGUAAAUUGUCUUGUUUACAUGAAUUGUGCUAUGCUGUGUACUACACCGUUUACACCAGUGUUUUUAUAUACCUUGGUCUACACGAUCCACAAGCGUUCUUUGGUCAGUUUAAAGACACUUAGUAUCUUGUGUCUGUCAAGAUGUCAAGCAUGUCAUACCAUAUUCCAAAUUUACUGGACAAGAUGACGUCCACAGAUAAGGAUCUGAGAUUCAUGGCGACCAACGACCUCAUGGUUGAACUGCAGAAGGACAGCAUCAAGCUUGAUGAUGAGUCAGAGAGGAAGGUGGUGCGCAUGAUCCUAAAACUGCUGGAGGACAAAAAUGGAGAGGUCCAGAAUCUGGCAGUAAAAUGUCUGGGUCCGCUGGUGGUGAAGGUCAAAGAGCUGCAGGUGGAGACCAUUGUGGACACGCUCUGCAACAACAUGGUCUCGGACAAGGAGCAGCUGCGCGACAUCAGCAGCAUCGCGCUGAAAACGGUCAUCAACGAGCUCCCGCCGGGCGCCAGCCUGCAGGCCACCAGCGUGUGCCGGCGCAUCAUCGUCCAGCUCUGCCGAGCCAUCAGCAUGACGACCGACGUCUCCGUGCAGCUGGAGGCGCUCGACAUCCUGGCCGACCUGCUCUCCCGUUUCGGCUCGCUGCUGGUCAACUACCACGCCAACAUCCUGGAGGCGCUGCUGCCCCAGCUGUGCUCGCCCAGACUCGCCGUCCGCAAGAGGACUAUCAUCGCGCUGGGGCACCUGGUACUCAGCUGCAGUAUCGACCUCUACGGCAAACUGAUUGACCACCUGCUCGAGUGUAUCCAGCGCAAACAGGACAACUCGGCUACACGAACCUACAUCAACGCGGUGGCGGCCAUCAGCCGCGGCGCCGGCCACCGGUUCGGGGAGCACCUGGAGCGUGUGCUGCCACUCGUGGUGGCCCACUGUCAGGCAGACGACGACGAGCUGCGGGAACACUGCCUGCAGGCGCUCGAGGCGUUCGUUGACAAGUGUCCCAAGGAGGUGACCCCGCACAUCGGCACGAUUCUGGGUCUGUGCCUGCGGUUCCUGUCGCACGACCCCAACUACAACUACGCCGUGGAUGAGGAGGAGAUGGACGACACAGACGGAGACGACGAGGACAACGAGGACGACUACAGCGACGACGACGACAUGUCCUGGAAGGUGCGCCGCGCCGCCGCCAAGUGCCUGGAGGUCGUCAUCGCCACGCGGCGCGAGAUGCUGCUCGAGUUCUACCGCACCGUGUCGCCAGAGCUUAUCAACAGGUUCAAGGAGCGUGAGGAGAACGUGAAGGCGGACAUAUUCCACGCGUACAUCUCGCUGCUGCGCCAGACCAAGGCCAGCACUUCGGUGGUGGACACGGACUUUAUGGACGACGGCGAGUCACCGCUCACUACGCUGCAGCAGCAGGUACCGUCGCUGGUGAAGGGCAUCCACCGUCAGCUGAAGGAGCGCAGCACCAAGACGCGCCAGGGCUGCUUCUCGCUGCUCCGAGAGCUGAUCUUGGUGCUCAAGGGAGCGCUCACCGACCAUAUCGGCAUGCUGAUGCCGGGCAUCCAGUACUCACUCGGUGAGCGUAACGCCAGCAGCAACAUGAAGAUCGACACGUUGGUGUUUGUGCACUGCCUGCUGGCCAACCAUCCUGCGGAGGUGUUCCACCCGCACGUGGACCGACUGCUGCCGUGCCUGGUGGCCGCCGUCAACGACCCGUUCUACAAGAUCACCGCCGAGGCGCUGCACGUGCUGCAGGAGCUGGUGCGCGUCAUCCGGCCGCUCGACACGGCGAGCAAGUUCGACUUCACACCGUACAUGGGCGAGAUCUACACAGUCACACUGACCAAGCUGCGCGCGGCCGACAUCGAUCAGGAGGUGAAGGAGCGCGCCAUCGGCUGCAUGGGCCAGCUGGUGAGCCAGAUGGGCGACCACCUGCAGGCGCAGCUGCCCGUCUGCCUACCCAUCCUGCUGGACCGGCUGCGUAACGAGAUCACCCGUCUGACCACGGUGAAGGCGCUCACCAUGAUCGCCGCCUCGCCGCUCAAGGUGGACGUGCGCGUCAUCCUCGGCGAGGCGCUGCCCAUACUCGGCUCCUUCCUCAGGAAGAACCAGCGGGCGCUGAAGCUGGCCACGCUGACGCUGCUGGACCGGCUGGUGGUCAACUACCCGGGCUUCCUGACGGCCGAGCUGCUGCAGCCGGCGCUGACCGAGCUGCCGGCGCUGCUGACCGAGGCCGACCUGCACAUCGCCCAGCUGAGCCUGGCCGUGCUCAGUUCCGUGUGCCACCUGGCGCAGCCCGCCGCCGCGCUCGUACAGUCCGGAUUCAUGGUCAAGGUGCUGCUGCCGCCGGUGUUCAAGCUGACCAAGUCGCCUCUGCUGCAAGGCGCCGCGCUGCGCACCAUGUCAAAGUUCUUCACAGUGCUGGUGACCCGGGAGAUUCUGCCGGCCGACCGGCUGCUCGCCAUGCUUCUGGAGCCCGUCUCUGGCGACGCCGCCGGGCAGCACAUUAACAAACAGGCGUACUCGUCGAUCGCGCAGUGCGUGGCGGCCGUAUGCCUCACGGACGCGCGAGUCACAGAGGAGAUGGUGCGCCGACUGCUGCGCGACAUCAAGAGCUCCUCGGUACCCGACGCGCGCCGCACGUUCGCCCUGCUGGCAGUGGCGGAGAUCGGGCGACACGUUGACCUGAGCGGUGUCGAGGGUCUGCGGCAGACCAUCCUGGCCUCGUUCGGUUCACAGUCGGAGGAAGUCAAACAGGCCACGUCAUACGCGCUCGGCUCUGUGGCCUGCGGAAACCUGGCACAGUUCCUGCCGUUCGUACUCAACGAGAUUGAGACGCAGCACAAACGGCAGUACCUGCUGCUGCACUCACUCAAGGAGAUAAUCAGCUGUUCAUCGGAGCGCGACUCACUCCAACACUACCAGGAGGGCAUCUGGGACAACCUGUUCCGGCACUGCCAGUCGCCAGAGGAGGGCACGCGCAACGUGGUGGCCGAGUGUCUGGGCAAGCUGACGCUGCUGCACCCGGAGACGCUGCUGCCGCGACUGCAGAGCGCCCUGCACGCCACCGACAGUCCGCUGAUGCGCACCACCAUCGUGACGGCCAUCAAGUUCACCAUCACGGAGCAGCCUCAGCCGGUGGACGCGCUGCUGCGGCACUGCAUCGGCGACUUCCUGGCCACCAUCGGCGACCCGCAGCUGGAGGUCCGCCGCGUCGCGCUGGUCGCUCUCAACUCGGCGGCGCACAAUAAGCCCGUGCUGGUGCGCGAUCUGCUUGAUACCCUCCUGCCACAGCUCUACAACGAGACCAAAGUUCGCAAAGAGCUUAUCCGUGAGGUGGAGAUGGGUCCGUUCAAGCACACGGUGGAUGACGGCCUGGACCUGCGGAAGGCGGGCUACGAGUGCAUGUACACGCUGCUCGACUCGUGUCUGGACCGGCUCGACAUCUACACCUUCCUCAACCACGUGGAGGAGGGCCUCAAAGACGACUACGACAUCAAGAUGCUGACGUACCUCAUGCUGGUGCGGUUGGCGACCCUCGUUCCAAACGCAGUUCUACAGAGGCUGGACCGGCUGGUGGACCCACUGCGCACCACGUGCUCGGCCAAGGUGAAACAGAACUCAGUGAAGCAGGAGUUUGAGAAGCAGGACGAGCUGAAGCGGUCGGCGCUGCGCGUCGUGGUCGCCCUCCUGGCCAUCCCCGACGCCGACAAGAAUCUGCAGCUGUCCGAGUUUGUGUCGCACAUCAAGUCCAGUCCGGACCUGCAGGCGCUGUUCGACUCCAUCCAGCACGACUCCACGUCCGACUCGGCGGCCAUGAUGGACCUCAGUUGAGCGGACCGAGUCAGCGACUCGGAGUCAUCGGGGAAGCGGUGGGCGGCGGCGGGCGGCCGCCUUUUGUAUCUAGGGUCGGCCCGGCGGCGGCGGGCCUUGUGGAUGUCGAAACGAUUCAUUGUGCGCUUAGAGAUGUUAAUAAAUAAUACAUUGAAGUGGCUGUGUUGAAA